CCGACAUGCAGGCUCGCUACUCCGUCUCCAGUCCCAACUCCCUGGGCGUCGUGCCGUACAUCAGCGGCGACCCGAGCUACUACCGGGCCGCUGCCGGUGGCGGGUACACGGGGAUGCCCGCGCCGAUGAACAUGUACUCUCAUGCGGCUCACGACCAAUACCCUGCCAGCAUGGCCCGGGCGUAUGGACCGUACACCCCUCAACCCCAGCCCAAGGAUAUGGUCAAACCCCCCUACAGCUACAUCGCGCUCAUCACCAUGGCUAUCCAAAACUCGCCUGACAAGAAGGUGACCCUGAAUGGGAUUUACCAGUUUAUCAUGGAGAGGUUUCCAUUUUACCGAGACAACAAGCAGGGCUGGCAGAACAGCAUCAGGCACAAUCUGUCGCUCAACGAGUGUUUUGUCAAGGUGCCCCGUGAUGAUAAGAAACCCGGCAAAGGCAGCUACUGGACCCUGGACCCGGACUCUUAUAACAUGUUCGAAAACGGCAGCUUCCUGAGGAGGAGACGACGGUUCAAGAAGAAGGAUGUGGUGAAGGAGAAGGACGAGCGGCUGCAGAAGGACGCGCCGCAGAGGCAGCAAGGCCGUGAGCAGCAGCAGGAGCAGCAGCCGGUGCAGGGCUCCAAGCCCGUGAGGAUCCAGGAUAUUAAGACCGAGAACGGGACAGUCACGCCGCCGCAGUCCGACUCGCCCUCUUUGAGCACCGUGCCCAAAAUCGAGAGCCCGGACAGCAGCAGCAGCAUGUCCAGCGGGAGCCCUCACAGCAUCCCCUCCAACAGGUCCAUCGGCAUGGACAGCUCCGAGCACCACCAGCACCAGCAGCAGCACCACGGCCAGGCCUCGACGCAGGGCUUCAGCGUAGACAACAUCAUGACCUCCCUCCGGGGGUCUCCACAAGGGGCCACUGAGCUCGCACCCAGCCUCAGCAACUCCACCAGGACGGGUAUAACACCGUCUUUGUCCUUAAACUAUUCCCCCAAUCAGACAUCUGUCUAUAGUUCCCCGUGCAACCAAAACUCCAUCUCCACUACCUCCAACGCAACCUAUCAUUGUAACAUGCAGGCCAUGAGCUUGUACGCCGGGGACAGAUCUGGCCACUUGGCACCGAGCACCACCGUGGACGAAACGUUGCCAGAUUACUCGGUCACUACCACCUCGUCCUCCAUGGCCUCCCACGGUAAUCUGAACUCGGCGCAGGAGGGCCACCACCCUCACCAAGGGAGGCUGACCUCAUGGUACCUCAACCAGGCCGGAGACCUGGGCCACUUGGGCGCAGCGUACCCGGCACAGCAGCAGAACUUUCAUUCGGUCCGAGAGAUGUUUGAAUCCCAGAGAAUCGGCUUGAAUAACUCACCGGUGAAUGGGAAUAACAGCUGUCAGAUGUCGUUCCCACCGAGCCAGCCCAUCUAUCGCACUUCGGGAGCUUUCGUAUACGACUGCAGCAAGUUCUGACCGAAAAAAAUAGAAAUAGAAAUAUAGGCUCGAGAUGUUCCUCACGGUGUUUGACCUCUUCCAAUAAAAUCCAAAGACACCCCCUCUCCUCUCCUCUCCUCUCCUCUCUCACCUGCCCUCACCACAUGGACUAAUAUGAGACAGGAAAAAAGAAAAAAAGAACGGAAAAGACUCUAUCUUGGUUUUUUUCUAAAGAACAGUGUUACUGCAAAUAACACGUAAGUCUCUCUUUGCUUUUGUGAUUUUCUGUGAUAUGUUAAGGAUAUGUCAGUUUUCAUGGACGUGUAAAUUGCAUAUAGUAAUUUAUUUCUAAAAAAAAAAUUGUAGCCGCGUAUUAUGGACCAAACACACCAAAAAAAAAAAAAA